AUGUCGACCACAACGACCACUGCCGCUCUCACAUCGACCACGCUGGUUGGCAUGCUUCCCACAAUAAACGCGACGGGUCUUAUUCCCGGGAAGAAUUGUCCAACCUGUGGCCAGCAGACGACUCUAGUACAGGAGCACGCCGCUGAUCAGAGAAGGAUCAAGGAAUUGGAGGGGCAGAUUAGCUUCUUGAGUGUCCAGGCUGCACAAACAGCCGAGAAACUCGCGAACCAGGCCAACGAGAUGGUGGCCCAAGAGCGCAAGGCCCGCGCGCGGCUCGAGGAGCGAGUGGCGGUGUUAGAACGUCGGGACGUUGAGAAGAGGACCCGUCUUGAGCGACUCGAGAAAGCGAUGGAAAGAGUCGAGCGCAUCCGGACACUCGUUGGUCAGUGA